CGCCUUCGUGCCCAGAUUAAUGAGAAGGCCGUAUGCAAACUCGCCUCCAGCCUCAACGAAGGCAAACCUUGUGCUAUCGAAUACCCUUUGAAGGCUGUUGGACCAGAUGCUCUCACAGGGCGUGCCAACUAUCAUGCCCGCAUCCGCUUCAGCGAUGGGUCUCCGCCCUGGCUUAUGCGAGUGCCGCGGGUCACAGGCUUUGAUGUUGGGCUCCCCGUUCCUCUCGCAGAAUACCUGAUCCGCAGCGAGUAUGCGACUCUCAAGUUUCUGGAGACAACCAAAGUACCAGCGCCACGGGCCUUCUCAUUCGGAAUCCCAUCUGAGUGUACUGAUCAGGGUAUUGGGGUCUGUUUCCUUCUAAUGGAGGAGUUGCCAGGCAAGCCGUGGAAUGGUCGAGAGAACACCGCUAAGAUCUGGCAGGGUCUUGCCGAGAUCUUUGCGGAAUUAGAGAAGCAUCCAUUUACUAAAGCGGGUUCCCUAUACGUUCAGUAUCCUAACGACAAACCAACUGUCUCUGCUGCAGCUAGCGACAGAUUUGUCUGUCUCUACCCCUACGGGCCAUUUAGUACUGCGGCAGCAUACUAUAUUGCCUGGGCUGAGCAAUAUCUUACGCUGAUUGUGGAUGGUCAGCUCUAUACGCAGUUCCCUAUCGAAGCGUAUUUAGUACAUCGGUUCCUCCAAGAUAGUGCAUCACAGUUGUCUGAUGCUGAGAACGACUUCUUUCUGAAACAUGUUGAUGACAAGGGUGAUCAUCUGAUGGUUGAUGAAGACCUUAACAUCACUGGCAUCAUCGACUGGCAAAUGGCACGCGUUGUUCCGCGGCGGGAGGCCUUUGCGCUGUCCCUCAUAUCUGCUGAUAUGGGAGCUCUUUGUACUGGUAACGUUUCACUGAGCGCAAAAGACAUUGAACUAAGCAAUGCAAUGAUUGAGAAGAGGGUUGUGCUACCAGAGCAUAUGGUAGAUGAGAAGGCGAGAAGGUUCUUUUGGGGCUUGGGGCACGAGUCCAAGUGGGAAUACGCGUUGCCAUUAGCAAAUGCCAUCCUUCGGAUUUUCGGAGCCAAUCAAGUCUGGGAUGAUUGGCGGAAGGCAGCGUUGAAACGAUACGAGAGUGAUGGACGCUUGAGGGCCCUUUUAAAACAGUCUUCUAGGAACAGACAGCAGUAG